GCCUGUCAAAAAAAGAGAAGUGGCCACGGGGGGGGGGGGGGGAUUCAGAGGGAACAAGGUGGCAGGAAAAGCUGGAGCCUAAUUGAUUUGACGUCCCCAACACCACCGCCAGUGACACUAAUAAUUUUUGCAAGCUCUGGCUGAGGGCCAGUGGCGAAGGGAGGAAACAGCCGCGAAUCAUGGCCCCCAAGCAUGGCAGCCAGCAGCAGCCAUGUGGCUGACGAGGAGGGUGGACUCUCACAGCAUCUUCUCUACAUGUCCCUCCACUUGGCCAUCCAGGCCUUCUUACAGCCAGCAGUCAGGUGACCCCUCCUUCCCUUUGAAGAUCCCUGGCACUCACCUGGAAUUCUUCGAUCUUCCUCCUUGCAGCAGCAGAGACUUGGAGAUGUCCAUCUUUGACCUUUGGAAACUGGAAGAUGAUUUUGAUCCUGCACAGUUGGACAGAGAGAAGCCAAGCAGAUAUGAUGGAGAAGCUGAAGAAUUCCCAGUCGCCUGUUAAACCUCAGCAGCCAAGCGUUCCACCUGCUGUUACCCCAACGUCUCUUCCUUCCCCAGAUGGCGGGAAUGACGUAGAGGCCACUGAACCCCCCACCAGCCCCACGUCUUUCUCACCUCACACAAAGGGAGCUCCUGCUGAGGCUCCCCAUGCAGCACUGCCCCCCAAUGUCCCUGUCAUCAGCCUGGGCUACAGCAAGUCCCCCACUCCUGUUGAGGUCCCCACAACCCAACUCACGGCCCUACACCCCAUUCCUAAUUUCUUGCAGUUCUCAGGUCUGCCUGGACCCCCAUCAUCCCUGCCUUUGACUGGAGUAAGGAGUCCACUUUUAGCCCCACAAUACCAGCUCAUCCCUUUCUCAAAAAACCUCUACCUAGGCAGCUCUGGGACAUUUGGUGUCUUUCCCAAUAACCGCCUCAAGCGGAGACCAAGUCAUUAUGAGCAAGACAUUACUGAAGGUCUUCAACCCCAGAAAGUGGCACGUCGGGUCUUCACUAAUAGCCGGGAACGGUGGCGUCAACAGAAUGUCAAUGGCGCCUUCGCUGAGCUUCGGAAACUCAUUCCCACCCAUCCACCUGACAAGAAAUUGAGUAAGAAUGAGAUUCUUCGCUUGGCCAUGAAAUAUAUCAAUUUCCUGGUCAAGCUACUGAGCGACCAGGCCAGACUGACUGGAGGGGAGACUGCUGAAACAGACAGCCCCUGCAAUGACCCCAGGACUCCAUCACCAUCAGCAUCCAUAAAACUGGAACAGUUGACCGUCGAGUCAAUGACUGUAUUGGAAGCCGGAGAACCACGGUGAUGUCUAGCAGUCACAGACCACCAUCACUACCCCAUUCUGUGCAUCUACAAUGCUGCACCCGUGGAUCAAGCCAGCAUCAGUGGAAACUCCUUGGCCUGCACAUCCCUUCCUUGAGUCCAUCACCCAUGGAAUGAGCUGCCAUAAUAGGGUUAUAUUGACUUUGGAAGACUUCAGGAGUCCAAAAACAGAGGGAGAAGGUACUGGACUCCCUUUGACUGAGACAUCCAUGAAUGCCCAAUGGAAGCCUCAGAACAUGGGGCCGGGAGAGACGAGGAAUGAGAUUUAUGUACAAUUCCCUGGUUUAGGGCAGCAGGGAACCGCUGUAUGAUAUCUGGUUUGAAUAAGGGCCGAGGUGGCGCAGUGGUUAAAUGCAGCACUGCAGGCUACUUCAGCUGACUGCAGUUCUGCAGUUCGGCUG